UGUUCUUUCGUGUGUGAACAAUUAACUAGUUCACAGAAGAAAAUUUAUUAAAAUAUAAUAAAAAAAAAAAAGAAAAAACAAAAUAUCGAUUAGAAUAAAAAGUAAUAAAUAAAAACAUGUCAAUAAAUAGAAAAAGUGAACAAACAAUAAGCGGGGAAGAUUAUCAAAUGAGUUUAGAAAUGUUCAACAAAAAUAUCCCAAAGAAUUUCACUCCUGAGUAUGGUUUAACAACAACAACAACAGGCUAUGAAAAAUAUACACACCAAUGGACACGGCAUUAUCCGGUUAAAGAAGAACAGGAAAAAGUUAUGGAAGACAUGUUAGAUAUUCACAAUAGUUAUGACAAUCACAAUAGCAGCAACAGUGGUGGGGAAACUGAUGACCCGCUAAAACAAUAUACCAUACAAUAUGUUGAUGAUGAUAAUGAUGACGAUGAUGAUUAUGAUAAUAAUGACCCUUGUUAUAAUGAUGAAGAUGUUUGUAGGGAGAAUAAAGGUUAUAGAACCUUUUUGGUGGCCGAUUAUGUUGAUUAUAAUCAGGAGACUAAUAUGUCAAAAUGUUUAAUAAUAAAUUGUGAAAAACCUAUGAGUGGUAGACGUACGGGAAAUAUUAAAAGGCAUUACGAAAAGGUUCACAAUUUUGUUAUAGUCCAUAGAAAUAAUAAGGAUAAGGAAAAACUAACAGAUGAAACGGCAUCGCAGCCGGCUUGUAUAACCGUUAAUUUGGAUAAAUAUUUUGAUUAUGAUCCUUUAACGAAUAAAUCUUAUUGUAAAAUGCCCGGCUGUAAUGCGGCUUUAGUGAGUCGGAAACCCAACAAUAUUAUGCGCCAUUAUAGUUUGGUGCAUAAUUUUAAAAUAGGCGCCGAAGAGACAAAUAAAGAAGUAACUAAAUCUGAUAGCUCAAGAGCGAAUAAAGAACCCAUAAAUAUUCCCUUGGAAGAUUUAGUGGCUUUUGAUGGGGAAAACAACAAAGCCCAUUGUUUAUUUAUUACCUGCUCGGAGUUGUUAGAAAAAGAUAUCUUAAAGGUAGAGAGGCAUUAUAAUGAAGCACAUAAAGUUGUUAUAGCACGUAAUGGACAGAAUGUACCAAAUCGUUUUUAUCGCAAAAGAAUUUAUCGUUAUAUUCACCAACCCUUUGAAAACGAUCAGGAAUAUGUGGAAAAUAAACUUAGAGAAUAUCUGCAACAAACGGAUGUGUUUAACAUUAAACAGGAGCAGGAGGAUCAACCUCACUGCUCUAAACAAAUAAAUAAGCCUUUAAUGCCACUGGGGAAAAUGGGUUUUGGUAAAUUUAUUUUGCAGAACUAUGUGGAUUAUGAUCAGCUAAAGAAUGUAUCAAAAUGUUUGAUAAAACACUGCAAACGUUCCAUGAGUGGCUGUUUAGCGGGAAAUAUUAAACGUCAUUACCUAACCAUGCACAAUUUUGUUAUUUUACAUGGUUCACGUAUACCUUUCGAAGAAAUUGAAGAAAUGUCCGAUGUUAGGCGAGAACAAAUAGAGGAUCUGGUAGCCUACGAUAAGAAUUCCACUUAUCAGUGUUUAUUUAUGAAUUGUGGUGUUAAUUUGGAGGAUAAUUUAUUCACAAUAAAAAAACAUUAUUUGGAAAUCCAUAAAAUCAUUAUAAUAAGAUAUUCGGAUUAUAUAGUGCAGCGUAAACGUAGAUAUCGGGAACUGCAACAACAGCAGUUAUCGGAAAUGGAGUUUUAUAAUGAAGAGGCAACGACCACUUUGGGUAGUGACGACGAUGAAACACAACAGACAAAAACCAUAGAUCAAGAUACUGAAAUGGAAAUGGAAAAAGUAAAUUAUGGUAAAAUGCGUGUGGAAAGAUAUGUCGAUUAUAAUCAGGAGAAAAAUCUAUCCAAAUGUCUAAUAAAACACUGCAAACGUUCCAUGAGUGGCUGUUUAGUGGGUAAUAUUAAACGCCAUUACCUAACCAUGCACAAUUUUGUUAUUUUGCAUGGUUUACGUUCACCCUAUCAAGAAUCAAAGGAUAAACCGUCCACAAAAGUUGAUCUAUUACCCUUUUAUAUGGAAAUUUCCUCGCAGCAAUGUUUAUUUAUUAAUUGUAAUCAAACUUUGGAAAAAGACUUAUCCUUAGUAAGAAAUCAUUAUCACGAAGUGCAUAAAAUAAUUAUAAACAAAGAAUCCUAUAAAAUGGCUAUGCCUACAUUAUAUCGGGGAAAAGCAUUACCGGCCACUGUUUCACACAGAAAUCAAGAAAGUAUUUUGCCAGAUGAGGAGGAAGAAAAUCGUAAUUUAAGUUUAAUGGAACAAAACCUUUAUUCAUCCACUAUACGCUCUAUGGUAUUAUCUUUAGGACGUAGAAGUAUUGGCAAAUUUAAUAUGUCCCAAUAUGUAGACUAUGAUAAAGAGAAAAAUUUGGCCAAAUGUUUAAUAAGACAUUGCAAACGUUCCAUGAGCGGCUGUAUAGUGGGUAACAUCAAAAGGCAUUACAAGAGAAUGCAUAAUUUUGUUAUAUUACAUGGUAUACGUCUACCGAAUGAAGAAUUUCAAGAAAUUUUCGAUACCUCCAUAAUCGAUGAACUGGUGGCCUUUGACAUUGAAUCCUCCAGCUUUCAGUGUAUAUUCAACAAUUGCUCUCAAGUAUUGGAAAAAGAUUUACCCUCGCUAAAAAUUCACUAUUGUAAGGUGCAUCAAGUGGCUAUAGCCAAAGAUCCUGAGUGUGGUAUAAAAAGAAAGCUUCCACGUAGAUAUCAUGAACUAUAUGAAACGUCUUUUGAAACUGAAUUUCUAGAGGAAGAAUCGUGUUCUGUAAGAAAUGAAUAUCUAAGUGAGGAAGAUGACCCAACAAAUUAUUUAGAGGAAUCAAUGAAUUGUCCAAUUAAAAAAGAAUACAUAAGUGAUGAUGAUGAUGAUGAUAUUAAAAAAGCCAAACAAACAUUUCCCAUAAUAACUGAAAAUCCCUUAGAAAACAAACAAAUAUUGCCACCCUCAACAGUGAAUGUUAACAACACUAUUUUAAACCCUCUAUCUACCGGUUCAAAAGAAAAUUCUACAACCGUUAAUAUAGACCUAACUAAACAAUCAUUUCUCAACUUAUGUUUGGGUUUGGUAAUAGAACGUGAUAUGCCUUUGCACUAUUUCGAUGAUGAUAAAUAUUUUAAAACUUUAUUGGCUCCUUACGAGCAAGUAUUUGGUUGUAAUAUCAAUGCUACUAAAAUGCGGAAUAUAAUGCUUAAAGCAAAUCAUUUAAUUGUGGAGCAGUUGAGUAAAAGGUUUAGCAAUAAAAUUCUUUGCUUGGAAUUAUAUAUUUUAAAACGUUUUGGCAGUUAUUAUAUGAUAAUAAAUGUUCGAUUUUUGGAGGAAGAAAUUAUAUGUAAUAAAUUGAUAGGAUCUUUCGCCAUAACAGCGUCAAUCCAACUUUUACCCCUUAAUAAAUAUUUAAAAAAGUUCAGUAUUGAUGAGCAACAAGUCUAUAUGAAAACCAUCAUGCCAGAAUUCCAUAAUGAUGAGGAAAUCUAUAAAAUAUGUGAUAACAUCUGUAAACAUAAUCCUGAUAUAAAAAAUCAUCCUAUAUACGAACUGCAAACUAUAUUUACAUCAUUUAUUAAGAAAUACUCUCCGGAUAUUAAAAAUUGGCAAACACAGAGUGGACACAAAGAAACCGUAUUAUUGAAAAAGAACAUAUCGGAAAAUUUAAAAGAAUUUUCAGAGUAUUUGGAGAAAAAUUGUGCUGAAAACGAAGAACAAUUGCUGCCAGCUAAACACUUCUUUAAAGCGUUACAAAUAUUUUGGAAUUUUAUGGAUAAAUUGAGUGGAGAACAAUAUGUGUCGGGAGAUUUUUAUCGCGAUUUGUUGUGUUGUGAAUUGGGUUUAAAGGGGGAACAUAAUAAAAGUCAGAACUCCUAUGCAAAGGAACUUUAUGAGGAGUUUUGUAACUUCAAAAAUAGAAUCUUAGAAUCUCGAGAAUUUGUAGCAGCUUUGUAUUUGGAUGCCAGAUUUAAUUUUUUGGGUACACGUUUAAUAGGAGAUAAUGAACAAAUUAAAGGCAAAUUAUUUCUUUGUGAAAUAUGGGACAAAUUUAAAACCUAUCUACAGUUAAGUGAGAGUCCGGAUAAUACUUUAUCAAAUACUGAACUAAAUAAUGAGGAAUUUAAUGAUGAUGAAUAUGCUUUACUGACCCAACAUAUUAAUGAUACGAUGCCCGUUAAAACCAAUGUCAGCAUACAGCAUAAGCUAUCAAAUUUUGUACCCACAAAGAGGCAACCCAUUAGCAUGGAUAUUUUAAAAUAUUGGCAUUCUAAUUGUCAGUCUAUGGAAGAUAUUAAUGAAUUGACGAAAAUAGCUUUUACACAUUCCGCUUCUCAAUUUAUUUUAUUAUAUUUAGAAACAAAUUUCUCUAUAUCAUUGUUCGCAGAGGACGAGGAUGAAUUUGAUAAGCUACUGAUAAAGAGUAAUCAAGAGUUAUUGGAAGCAAAUAUCGUUUUAAUAUUGGAGGAUUUGUAAAAAAAAACAUGAAUUAAUUUAUUUUAUUUUUUAAGUACAUACUUUACUUUUUUUAAAUUUAACAAAUAAUUAAAUUAUUUUCUAAAAAAAUAUA